AUUGAAAUUGCCUGCAGAUAAACGCAAAAAAGUAUUAUGAUGGCAUUUUCAGAAAAAAACAGUUUAGUCCUCAAUGACAUAUCGCCAACAUCCCAACCACAUAAGUUGCCUGAAUCAAAGUAUUUAGAUUUUAACAAUCAAAAUACAACAAUCAAUUUCGUAUUAUUCAGAUUCAAAUAUUUACUUGCGCCUUUAUGAACGUAUUUCAAUUCGUUGUGGUUCUGCAAAAAGGAUCGCAUAAUCGGUCUGCUGCUAUUUUUAACCAGGCAUUUUGAUAACCACCCUAAACGGGGUCCAAGUAGGGGUCCUCAGUAAACGUGGGAGAUGCGAAGACGUACGCGCGGUGUUGUUGACACUUGACAGCGUCUCUAUGGAACUCAAUAAACGCAAAGGCUUUAGGAAACCCUAAACAUUUGUUUUUCUAUUAAAUCUGGAUUUACGCCGAAGCCGUUACCAUGAUGCCGGGGGAGACUCAAUCCAAAGCCGCUCGGAUCGCGGCAGAAGCGACGGUCGGAGCUUGCCAUAACUGCUCUGUAUUGCAUGGAAGUUUGAAUGAAUAUGUUGCAACCCUCCUCACGCUGAAACAGAAGAUCACUGACUCUGGCCAAUUGCUGAACGAAUAUCAGGAGAAGUGCGAUGAGUUUCAAAGAUCACAAAGUGAAGUGAAAAGGUUCAAGGACCAAGUGAAAGAGUUGCAGGCCAAACUGCUCUCGCUAGAAAAGGAGAAAUCAUGUUGGGAGUCUGUGCAGAAAGAAUUGGAAGAAGCAAAGAAAUCUCUGAGGACUUACGCUCAGAUGACUGAAGAAAUGGAGAGACUGAAGGAGAAAGGCGUCCAAACGACAACAGAGAAUGAGAGACUGCAACAUCAAGUCAAGGAUAUGGAAGACAGGCAAGAAAAGCAGAACCUGGAGAAUGCACAGCUCAGAAGAGAAAGAUCCUCACUUGAAAAUGAUUUGCUGAAAACACAGGCUUCAUUGAAGACCUCUCAGGCAUCAGCAGAUAGGGUUGAAGGCCUGAGAGAGGAGAAUGCCAAGACUAGAACCAUCAAUAGCAAUCUCGAGGAUCAACUAAGGCUGUUUAAAGAAUCUAAUCACAAGCAGACUCUUCAUAUAUCUCAACUAAAUAGAGAAAAGGGUCUACUGGAGAGGAACACGCAUGACCUUCAGGUCAGAUUGCUACGAUUGGAAAGAGAAUUAAAUAAAGAAUGUAGGAGUGUGUCCACUCAAGUGACUGUGCCACCAGAGCCUAAGGUGGACAAAGAAACGGUCCUUCGGCUGCUGGAGGAUCUGUGGACCUGUGUGAACCCGCAGACCCAGCAGCCUGCAAGGGCUUUACAUUUGGCAGAGGCCGAUGUCAAUCAAGUCUCGCCUAGAAACGGACCGCACCAACAUGCGGUGCAAUGGGGCCGGCCCCAAACUGGUCUGCCCAGGGUGUUUGAGCCCCACCAGUACACCGUACCAUCCAACACCUCUUCCUUAGCAGUAAAGGCCUCUUCUUCACCAGUGAAGGCCUCUUCUUCACCAGUGAAGGCCUCUUCUUCACAUGCGAAGCCCUCUUCUUCACCAGUGAAGGCCUUUUCUUCACCAGCCCCGUCCACUGCUCCGCAAGCGGCCCAGUGUCUAACAUCUCCAAACCGCGUGGGAGGCCAGCAGAAGAUGGACUCUCCUGCCAAGGGAAAGCGGCGCUCCAAAGCACAACACCAAGGGGAGAAACCGGGCGACGACAAAGGUGACAACUCCGCAAUCCUUGACGAGCUGGCGGAGUUCCUGAAGCCUCUUCCAGCCUGCAUAUCCCCAAUUAUGGACAUGGAGGGUGACUUGAACCAUCCAGAGGGAGAGGCUCAUGAGCAGGAGGCUCCGCCUGGAACCCACCAUGUUGGCCCUCGAGACGAAGACCCAUCGACGGCGCCGACCCCCGAGUCAAACCAGGGUCGGCUCUCUGCUGGAGAGCAAAGCGACGAGGCCGCAAACGCAGCAUUUAGCACUGAAUGUGACGUCCCAGUUCACAAGUCACAGCCGUGUCCCAACAGCCCUGCACUACCGACGGAACAAUAUUCGGACUCGGGGAUCGUCCAUCGACAGGGCCGUGGCGAUGUCUCAGAAGAAAACGAGUUCACGACCAUGGAGCAUCAAGUGUUGACGGCUGACGUCAAGGAGAUGGGAUUGGCCUGCGACGAUGAAGAGAUGAACGAUGAAGAGGAUAUACAGGUUGACCAACAGUCAGAAAAUGUGCAGUUGAUUACGGAGUCGUGUCAUAUUAGUCCCAGUAAAUCGAUGGAGUUGUUGGCCACAGAAUCGAAAGACACUUCAAAAGAGACCAAAAGGAUUAUCCCUAUGGAAACGGACCUUCACAAUCCUCAACUCUGUCACACUGAGGAUGCUGGACGACUCUCGGAAGCGGCAGAGUUGCAGGAAGACCAGUCACAUGUUUCCGAGAUGGAUGCCGUGGACAAGACAUCGGAUGUAAUUUCUCCUGAUGAAACGACUAGUGAUGGGAGUGAUGUACUCGUGGAAAACAGCAGCAUUGCAGAGUUACUAACUGCAUCAGAGGCUCAUAACAGCAUGUCGGUGGACAUUGAAGCCAGUGUGCUGCCAGGGCGAGCACGUCAGGAUUCAUUAGAGUCUGUCUGUGUGGGAAAGGACCCGCAAGACCUAAGUGUGUUUGGAGCCCAUUCUCAAUCGCCCAAGGCACCAGCUGGUGCAUGCGCCGUCAGUAUCCAUUGUGCCACCGAUGCAAGUGCCGCACAGAAAGUACAGAGCGAUAACCCUCUCGACCCUACGCGGGAAGCCGACAAAGACACAAUUCAGGAAAUUGAAACGACUGAAGAGCCAGCUUCUGCGGCAAAGCCCAAUGGGGCUGUAGACGUCAGAAUCGGGUCCCCUCCAAGGUCUCCAAUUUUGACCAUUGGGGAUAAAGAGGAAAAGCAACUCCCCAUGAAGGAUAUUACUAUUGGUACGAGUCCUACAAAGGCAUUAAGUCCUUUGAAGGAAACGGGUCCUGUUGAAGCUACUAAUCCUGUUAAGGAAACUAGUCUCAUUGAAGGUAAUACACCUAUGACGGACACUACUCUUAUUGAAGCUACUAGUCCUGUUAAGGAAACUAGUCUCAUUGAAGGUAAUACACCUAUGACGGACACUACUCUUAUUGAAGCUACUAGUCCUGUUAAGGAAACUAGUCUCAUUGAAGGUAAUACACCUAUGACGGACACUACUCUUAUUGAAGCUACUAGUCCUGUUAAGGAAACUAGUCUCAUUGAAGGUAAUACACCUAUGACGGACACUACUCUUAUUGAAGCUACUAGUCCUGUUAAGGAAACUAGUCUCAUUGAAGGUAAUACACCUAUGACGGAAACAAGUCAGAUCGAAGAUAUUAAUGGUAUUAAGGAGACUAGUCUUGUAAAGGAAACUAAGGCCAUGAAAGAUGGUGGUGCUAUAAAGGAUACUACUCCCACUAAGGAAACUAGUCAUGCUGAAGAUAGCAGCAUUAUUAAGGUUAUAAGCCUUAUAAGGGAAAAUGGGGCUAUCAAAGACACUAAUGCUAUCCUCAAUACUAAGCAAACUAGUUCUGUGGAAGAUCCUAGUAAUAUUAAGGAUAUUAGCCCUAUAAAGGAAACCAGGGCUAUUCAAGAUAUUCGCGCUGUCAUGGAUACUAGUCCUAUUAUGGAUACUAGUCCUAUUAUGGAAACUAGGUCUAUUGAAGUAACCAUUCCUAAGAAGGAACCUUGGUAUGGCAUGGUUACAAGCUCUAUAAAGGUGACCAGUGAUGUCAAGGAUACAAACCCUAUAAAGGAAACAAGUGAUGUUAUGGCGAUAAGCCCUAAAAAGGAAACAAGUGAUGUCAAUGAUACAAGCCCUAAAAAGGAAACUAAUGAUAUCAAAGAUGCUAGUGCUAUUCAAGACACUAUUGCUAUUCAGCACAAGGUCAAGGUAACUAAUAAUUCCAGUGCUGGAGCCCAAGAUAAGGCCAGAACCUUUGUCGCUGCCUCUGAAGUGGUGCCCAGGGAUUUCAAGCACCACAUGCCUGCUUUAUGUCAUCGCGCAGGUCCCCUUUUGAAUCCCGUGGCCCCGUCAGAAAGCGCCAUAGCAGAAGUCUCGUCCGCGGCGGCUGGCUCCUCUGCGCAGACAUCCAUCAGGACCCGACUGGCAAUGUGCCAGGUCCGCUCAGAGAUGGGCCCGCCUCUGCCCCCCCUCCUAACCCCUCUGAGCACGACACCUCCCAAGCUGGUCAAACCCAUCAACCCGCGGCACGCCAUCGGGAAGCUCUCCUUCCCGUCGCCCUUGAAAGCGCAGCGCUUCUCCAACGUCCCGCCUCAGCCCGGCGCGGCGUGCAACGGCUCACCCCUCUUCGACAGCCCCUCGCCCAACGGCGUCCCGUCGUCGCCGCUCCAGUUCGGCUCCGCCACCCCGAAGCACGCCGUCCCGGUGCCCGGCCGCCUGCCGUCCUCCGCCGUGAGCUCCCCCUCCGGCUCGUCCUCCAGCCCCUCCCAGGAGAGCUCCAUGCGGAUCCUGGACAACAUGUACCCGGACAUGUCGGCGCGGGCCCGGACGCUGAGCAUCCUCCGGGGUAACGUCGGCCUUGGCGGCUCCCCCGCGGAGAGCGGUGCCGCCGCCGCCCACGCCACCGGCCUCGGACAGAUGUCGGGCUUCAAAACGGUCAGCUCCUCGUCCACGGCCUUCACCGAGACUGAGCAGAAGGGCCUGAAGAGGCCCGGGGGCGAUCUGCCCCAGCCCAAAAGUGUCAAGUGCCUCCGGCUGGACCGCCUCCCGCGUAGUCCCGCCAUCCGCUCCGUGGCCUCGCCCGGUCUAGAUGACACCGCUCCACCAGAGUGGUUGCCCGUGGCGGGGGAGCCUCAGAACAAAAGGACCCCUCUGUCGACGGAAGGGGAGGUGCCUGGGGCUAGACGGUCGAUAGCCGACUCCCUGGAGAAAAUCGUAUCGGGCUGCUUCGACCUGUUGCCGGUCAUCAAAAGUCACCUGCAUGUGGGGAACCUGUCCAAGAAACCCGUGCUGCGGGAUGAGGAGAAGGAGGUCAUCGCCGAGUUCUCUCGAAGCAAAUGGUUUACUGCAGAUGAACUGCUUUCUGCAAUCCUGGGCAAGCUGAAGACUGAGAGGUCAACCCUCAGUGGAGAACACACGCAGGCCCUAUGCAGGGUGUAUGCCGGGAUCUGUCGACAGCGGAGAGACUGGGAGAGAGCUCAUAUUUUAGUCUACACCAUUCUCAGAGAAGAUAUCCCAGAUGCUUCUAAGCUGAUCCUGUUUAUAGUGACAACAUGGCCCUGUGUCCUUGCGCAUAAGGGUAAACUCUGCCAGGCCAUACACGCCGUCACCAAAUUAAAGGCGCAAGGAGCCAUCCUCAACUGCCUUUCAGCUUACCUGGACUGGAAAAGGAACCCUCCCUGUGAUGUGGAGCAGCUAAUCUCAAGAACACUGUCGGAUGUUCGCAGUGGGGUGGGACUCUCGUUCACCAAGCACAAGAGGUUCGGGGACGACUUGGGUAGCGAAGCAUGGGACCACGUGUUCACACUGGACCUUCUGUGCCAACACAAGAAGUGGACCUGGACCUACGAGAAAGUAUUGGGAGAGGAGCUAUGGCCGCUGAUGAACGGUUGGGUGACUCAACCCACUGAUCAACCAAAGCUCAUAUCUGAUAUCACUGUCUCCACUGUCCUCCGACUCAUAGGAAGAUUAACCCAACAAGGAGUCAAAGAAAAAAGUGUUCCAUCUGUGAUGACCGUCAUCAGUGUCAUCAGUACGUUUGUGAGACACUGCAACGCUGAAGGGGUGCCCUGGGAGGUCCAGCUGGCGGCCGUCUACUGCCUCUACGACCUGUCUCCGAGCCACCCGAAGCAAGCGCUGGACGCCCUGGCAGCGUGGAGAGGAGACACAGCCCACAGCGUCCCACCGUCGGUCACCAGCUGCAUCAAUCAGAUAGCGUCUGUCUGCAGACAGGUCCACAGCUUAAAGAACGGAGAAUAAGGCAUGCACUGACUGCGAGAAACUAUGUCCUGGUGGAAGGGGGUUGGGAGGAUUUUGUUGUUCUAAGUGAUAAUAGGAAGUAAAGUUUUGUUUAGUGUUGCUGCACAAUCUUGGUAAAUGUAAAAAAAUAUAUCUAAUAUGAAGUAGCAUGCAGGCACAGUGAUGGCAAAGCAAUGACAAGUAUAAUUUGAAUAUUGAAUAUUUUUCAAGUUAUUUGAAUCACUUGCAAACUAGAAUCCUAAAUCUUCCAUGACGUCUAAAUGUUCAGUCACUGCAUAAUGAGCUGUGUAACCUCAGCUGGGCAACUACUCAGCCAAUCAGCUGCUAGGUAUGGGUUGACCAUUCCAGUCAAAGGAAACUUCUGUUGCUUCAAUCGCCACAACGGAAAAAUUAAAAUGGCACUUGCAUGUGAACACUUUGAAAGUCAAAACCGUUUUUACCUUUGUCAAUGGUGUCUUCCAAUUCUCAGCAGGUUUAAAACAAAGCCAUUGGCUCUUCUUAAUUUAUCUUGUAAAUAUAACCCAAUUAGAAUAUUAAGACUUUAUUUUUUUAAUAUCUUACAUAUUUUUUUGUGCACUUUCAUUCUUGUAUUUGUCUGGCUAAUUUUACACACUGCCUAAUUGUUCCUUGCUCGAUGGGUUCUGCAGACACCAUGCACCCUUCUGACGUGCUUUGGAUUUCUGUUCUGUUAUGAACAUAUCACUUUUAUUACUUAUUAUUGUACAGUACACCAGAGUAAAAAUUGUAGGCUUGGUUAAGUAAAACCAAGUAGAUGAUGAAAAUAUGAUAAUAUAUCUGUUGUAAAUAUGGAGUAAAAGCUCCGAUAUGAUUUUAUAUUUUCACAUUAAACAUUAAGCUGUUAAUGGGUUGUGUUCUCUGCAUUACUCUUAUCUGACAAAAUAACUCGCAAUUAAUAUCCUACCUUACUAUCCAACAUACUGAAUGAAUGACUCAAAACCUUUUUACUAUAGCGUGUGAACUCCUUAACUCUCACAUCCAUACACGUACACAAUUAUGUCACUAGACUAUUACAUUUUUUUCCCAAACAUACUCAAAAAACCUUCACACUUUACACUGCAGCAACACUUAUUCAAACUUUGCUCAUUACGUGAACACUUCCAAACAAUGACUCAAACCUUAUUUAUUUUUAAUUAUUUAUUUAUUCAUAUUUGUAUUAUCAAACCUCAAGAUCCCCAGUACAACCAUACGCCUAGCAGAGCCUAGCAACCACCCUGUACGGUGUCUUUUUCUUCCGUUCACAACCGGCGGCUCGUUAGGCCGGCGGGUGCAGUCACGACGUUACAUGGUUAGAAAAAUACCAUAACCAAGCUAAUCACGAGCAAUAACGCAACGCGACAAGGUAUACGUGCGACAAU